AUGGCCGACCCAUCCUCACCUCCGGGCCCCCUAUUCCCAUCUCUCACAACUGAAACCAACAUCAAGCAGUUCAGCCCUGUCGAAUGCCUUCACCAGCUCUCAAUAACAGAACUGACCUGGACAAUGAAAUGGAUGUACAAGCACAUCAUCGAGAUGAACGAAGCAAACCACAUCGACAAGGAGGCUCUCGGCCGGCUCACCAUGCACACCGCCUCGAUGGGGCUCCAGGAAUACUUUUCUACUUUCUGGGGCCUCCCAGGUCUCUUCAUCCAACUACCGGAGCCUAUUGGGCUUCACAGUUACGGUCUGUACCGGCGUCUGUUCCCGGUUCCGAGCCUCAGGCCGGUGCCUUAUACCCGCCUGCCCCGAUGGUGUAAGAUUUCCCGGUACGAGUGUCGGAAGUGGGGGAAGAUGUUUGAUGUGCUUGCGCAUAUGCUGACACAGGAGGAGUUGGAUGCGCCUAUUGUUGAGCCCUGCGGGGGUUUCUGA